ACUCUUCAGCCUGAUGUCAAAAGCAAAAGUUCAGAAGUUCCUCAUCAAUAAGGAGUCCUUGGGAGCAAGUGAAGCUCAUCUAACUAGGCAUUUCUAUGAUGUGGCUGUUUUUGACCACAGCUUGUUUGAUUUCUGGAACCUUAAAUGCUGGUGGAUUAGUUGAUUUGGAAAAUGAAGUGAAUCCUGAGGUGUGGAUGAAUACUAGUGAAAUAAUCAUCUACAAUGGCUAUCCCAGUGAAGAGUAUGAAGUCACCACUGAAGAUGGGUACAUACUGCUUGUCAACAGAAUUCCCUAUGGGCGAAGACAUGCUAGGAGCACAGGUCCCCGUCCAGUUGUGUAUAUGCAGCAUGCCCUGUUUGCAGACAAUGCCUACUGGCUUGAGAAUUAUGCCAAUGGAAGCCUUGGAUUUCUUCUAGCAGAUGCAGGUUACGAUGUAUGGAUGGGAAACAGUCGGGGAAACACUUGGUCAAGAAGACACAAAACACUCUCAGAGACAGAUGAGAAAUUCUGGGCCUUUAGUUUUGAUGAAAUGGCCAAAUAUGAUCUCCCAGGAGUAAUAGACUUCAUUGUAAAUAAAACUGGUCAGGAGAAAUUGUAUUUCAUUGGACAUUCACUUGGCACUACAAUAGGGUUUGUAGCCUUUUCCACCAUGCCUGAACUGGCACAAAGAAUCAAAAUGAAUUUUGCCUUGGGUCCUGUUAUCUCAUUCAAAUAUCCUGCCAGCAUUUUUACCAGUUUUUUUCUACUUCCAAAUUCCAUAAUCAAGGCUUUUUUUGGUACCAAAGGUUUCUUUUUAGAAGAUAAGAAAAAGAAGACACCUUCUAGCAAAAUCUGCAACAAUAAGAUACUCUGGUUGUUAUGUAGAGAAUUUAUGUCCUUAUGGGCUGGUUUCAAUCAGAAAAACAUGAAUCAGAGUCGAAUGGAUGUGUAUAUGUCACAUGCUCCCACUGGUUCAUCAAUACAGAACAUUCUGCAUAUAAAACAGCUUUACCGAUCUGAUGAAUUCAGAGCUUAUGACUGGGGAAAUGAAGCCGAUAAUAUGAAACAUUACAAUCAGAUUCGUCCCCCUAUAUAUGACCUGACUGCCAUGAAAGUGCCUACUGCUAUUUGGGCUGGUGGACAUGACGUCCUUGUAACACCCCAGGAUGUGGCCAGGAUACUGCCUCAAAUCAAGAGUCUUUAUUACUUUAAGCUAUUGCCCGAUUGGAACCACUUUGAUUUUGUUUGGGGCCUUGAUGCCCCUCAACGGAUGUACAGUGAAAUCAUAGCUUUAAUGAAGGCAUAUUCCUAAAUGCUAUACAUUGCAUUUACUUUUCAGUCAAAAGUUGCUUCCAAGCCCAUAAGGGACUUUAGGAAAAAUACUAACCAAGAAUGAGGUUGUCCUCCAGCACCAUGGGGGAGAAGCAUAAUGAAGUUUGUUUUCCAAGUUCAUCGUGUUAGUGUUAUUUAUGUUUAGAGACAUCUUUGCAUGGGACCAUCUACCGGUCCCAUGAGGCAGAUUGGGCAAAAAGAUAAAUAAGUUGCUAUUCUAUUUGGUAUUUAAUUAAAUUAUCAUUUUUAGUGUAUACCAUGAAGUAUAGAAAUGUCUGAAAUUUCAAAGGAACAGUGAAAUUCCAUUAAGGUCCUAUAUGGAAACUUCUAUGGUCAUUUUAUUUAUACGGGUUGCUAGGGCAAUGGAUAGAGUGUGGGAUUAGGAGGUGGGCCUGUAACUUCUUUACAAAAUUUUCUUAGGUAUCCUGAAGAUGUACUAGACAUUUUUACUUUUUAAGAUAUUUUCAACAUCAGAAAUUCAAAAAAGUCCCCAAAGAUUCUUCCUGAGAAGUUAUAGCCUCUUAUAAUCUUAUCCCUGGCUAUCUGGGCAAAUGAAUUCUUGAACCCAUAAUAGGAUACGUGUAUAAAAUCUUCCUCAUUGCAGCAGAAAUAAAUCUUGCAGCAUCUAUAGAUCGAUAUCAUUUUAUAAUCAUAGGAAGGCUUGUUUAGCAUGUAAUGCCCCCUUUACAGGCUUUGUGAUCUUUGAGGGGUUUGAACAUUCCAUGAAAAAGUGACAGAUAAGAAACUGACAAUGAAAGGUUAAGCUAAAGAUGGAAGCAGAAAGUAAAAGGCUAGAUAAUCUCUAAACAUUAAGGAUUUUCUUCCUUCGUCUUAAAAGCAGUGGAAAGCCACAAAAAUAUUUUUACCUAAAGGAAGCCUGAUCACCAUAUUUUUAUAAAUAUCACUUUGGCUGCUGCAUGGAAAAUGGAUUGGAAGACAACAAUAAAAGAUGCCGAGCAAGUUUGUAAAUCUGAUCAAGUGUUCUGAUGCAGUCUGAUAUCCUUCUGUGCUCUCUAAGAGAGAUGAUUGCUGGAAAAUCCAGAGCCGGUUCCAUAAUACUGCCCUGCCCUGCUGGCAAAUCUACAAGCUGCCUGCCACUGGAGACAUUCUUCUCUCAAAACUAGCAUUAUUUAAUUUAAUGUGUAUGUGUUGAUGGGGAAUAAUGGUCACCAUGAAAACCAGGUGGUAAUAUGGAAAAAUACCCAUGAUAUAAUGUUAUGUGACGAGAAGAAAAUGAAACAGGUAGAACUAUGUGAUCCCAAAUAUGUACAAAUAUUAAAACAAUUAUAUGACUUUAUAAAACAUUUGUAUAAAAUAAAAAAUGAAGUCAUAUAAAAAUAAAAUUAGUUGUGUCAGGGUAGUAACAUGAUGGGUGAUUUAUACUUUAAAGUUUUUAAUAUAGUAAUGAUACAAUGCUGCAACUUAUCUAAAUCUCACAAACUUAAUAUUUAGUAAAGGAAGAUAGACAUAAAAGAUGUAGACUAAAUAACUGAUGGCUCUAGAAGCCUUAAAAAGUUUAUUUUUAGGAGGAGAAUCCUGCAUUGGAGGCCUCUAGGGUCCAGAAAAAUGUCCUAAUACUAGAGCUAGGUGCUAGUCAGAUUAAUUGUAAUAUAUUUCAUUAUUGUAUCUGAAAUACCAAGAUCACUUCCAAGCAGGAAUAGAGUCUAGCAAUACUAUACUGUUGGGGAACUUGGCCACAUACCUGUAAUAUGAAUUUUUGGAUAUGUUGACAAUGUUUCUUUGAUUUUUCUUACUUAUACAAAGCAAGAAAUUUGGCUCACAACCUUGUAACAGACUUACCAGAUUACUCUAGUUUCUCAAACCUCAAGAUCCCAUUACUAUUUUUAAUAGAACAAGGUAAAUAAUAACAUUAAUGUAAUUCAAUAUAAAUUCAUGUCAAAUGUAAAUUCUGACUCUGAACUCUGGUGAAUUUCCUUCAAAUGGUAUAAUCAAUUUCAGAGAGGCAAAGUCUUGCUCAAAAAUGAUGGCCUUUCUGAGAAUCAUUAACCAAAGAACAAGAAAAGUAUUUCACCAUCUGGGAUUUGUUCAAUCACCUCUACAUUCUUUAAUCACCUCUACAUUCUCCUGUCAUAGGAAGGUUAACUCACAUCUUCCAAAGUCUGGCCACAAUACCACCAUUUUUGAAAAGGUUUCUUUGAACUAUAUGCCCUAGAAUUCCUGUUCCUUCUUCUAAAUCACUUUUUAAUAUGCUUCCGAAUUAUCUUUUUGGAGAGUGUUGUGUAAGUCUACCUCCCUAAUAAAUCUUAAGUAGCUUGGAAACAGAAGAAAUUAGAUAUAGAACUGUCCAUUACCAUAUUAAUUUCACUCUUGCUAUUCCUUGAUGGUCUACAACCACCACCACCAACCCCAGCUCUCCUUGAACUUGAUCCCUGACAACCACUUAUCUGUUCUCUGUCACUAUAAUGUCUCAUAAAUAAAAUCAUGGAGUGUGUGGCCUUUGGA